CCCCACCCCGCCGUCGUUCUCGCUCACAGCCGCCGCCCCCACCCCGCCGUCGAUGUCGCCCACGGCGGCCGCCCCCACCCCGCCGCCGUCCUCGCCCACGGCGGCCGCACCACCCGGCCGCCGACCUCGCCCACGUCGGCCGCACCACCCCGCCGUUGACCUCACCCCCGGCGGACGCCUUCCUCCACAUCCUUCUGACCCCAAGGCUGAGGUCGUUCCCGUCUAUCUCCCCUGUGUGUGCGCGUACAUCGUCGGCAAGCGUGAGGAGGGGUUGCCGCAGUUGCUUCUUCGCCUUCUCCCAUCUCACGUCCCCAUCGCCGGACGCCUCGCCACGUCUCUCACCUUGCCCCUCUCCAUGGUGCAUCGCGGAACUAUUUCUGGAGGCCGUCGCCACCGCAUUAGUUGCCGGAUGGUCUUCCCCUGCUCCAUUGCGCUGCUUUCAGGAGACAAUGAGUCCGGAACAGAUGAGUGAGGAUCAUAACUGGAUGGUUUCAUAGUUGGAUUUCUACCAGUCCAACAGAUUCAUGUCAUCUGGCUAUUUUUCUGUAAGUAUAUUUCCUAAUAAGCAUCUCGAAUUGUCAAGUUGUGAAGAAAAAAAGGAUAUCACGUUGCUCGAGGCAUGAAACCUAGUGCCAGAUUAUAAAGUUUCAUAUAUACUUUUCUGGUUUUAUUCAUAUAUCAUAUGGGUGUCCACAAAUGGCACUACAGCAUGAGAUGCAUUAAUUCUGAAUAUGCAAGUCUAGGACAGUGCUGCUCCAGUGACAAUAUACGUGUCACAAUGAGCUGAGGUUCCAACAUAUCUAGUCAGCAGUUGGAUGAGUACUAUUUUCUCCUUAGUGGCUGCUGCCAGGUAGUGUGUUUCUUAUGUGGCUUUGUGCUGGCUGGCUAUAAUUAUGUAGGUGAUGCUGCUGAUCAUGAACCUAGGUAACACAGAAAUUGUGUAUUUAGUCGUCAUUUCUCUGUGCAAUGUGAUGGAUGAGAAUAAGAGUGGUGCCAUGUAUAUGUAGAACUAUUGUUGCUUUUGAGGAAAAGCCCAAGAAGCAAAUUAGGCUAUGACUUAAAUAAUCAUCACCAAUUUUGUCACGCAAAGCAUUCUUCACAAUAUUCAUAGCUGGAAAACAUGUCCCAACAUUGCCAGUGGCAACUUGGAGAGUCAGUGCUAGCUUCAAAAGCCGAUAUACCAAAGGAUAGGAGAGAUGCUUCCUUGUAUCCACCAUCAAUUUAGCAAUCACCUAUUUUGUCCAAGCUAGAAAACCUUCUAUCAUGGAUUACAUUAUUUAUGUAGAAACCAAGUUCAUGUUCAAGAAUACUAUACCUCUGUGACUAAAAUCACUAGGAUAAAGCUUAGCUAAUUCCAGCAACUUCUCCUUGUCAAAAAAUAAAUAAAAAUCACUUGUGCUCGAAGCAGACCCGUUGGUGGCGGGAGCCCCUGGUUUGUGGUGUUGCCAUCUCUUUAUUUCCUUAUCAAAUACUUCUCCAAUAUCUUGCUUCUUCAUUAAUUUUGUACAUAAUUUUGUAGGGGAAGAUGAUUUGUCCUAUGUUAUCUUCAAGGAUGACGCUAUGGAUGAUCACAUCGGCAAUGGCUUCACUCAAGUUUGCAAUAUGACUGAGAACAUGAUGAUAACAACUAUGCAUCCGGAGGAGGAUCUCACUAGUCCAUUUGCACUUCAACUAACGAGCGACAAUCUUAUGGUAUUUUGUUGCAGCUACUGUUAUAUGGAAUAUGAUGGAUGAGAAAUAGUAAAAUGAUGUGUAUGUAUGUGAUGCUGCUGAUCAUGAAUCUAGGUGACGUAGAAGUGUGUGUGUUUUGUUGUCAUUGGCCUGUGCAAUGUGAUGGAUCCGAAUCUGAGUGGUUUCAUGUAUGCGUAGAAAUGUUUUUCCUUUUGAGCAAGUCCAUGUACAAAUUCUCAUAUGUCAAUUGCUGGAUGUUGAUACAUAGUUUAAUAUAUUGGUAUGUACGUAAACACUGA